CGGGUACACGAACGUGCAAGGUGUGUGUGUGUGUUUGUGACACUCCCUGUUGAUGGGAGAAUGGAACGUUAGUGGACGUGGAGAGUGGAAAGUUCUCAGCCGCGUUUCAGAUGUAAAAGAUGGCAGCUGUUAGAAGCAAGUCAAUCCGCCGCACUGGUAGUCUGCUUCGAAGUCGAUCAGAAGGGACUCUGAUAGAUCUGGACGACAAUGUGACCAUCAACAACAACAACUUACAUGGGACUUACAUACCUCAACACAUGGGCAAAAACUUGGAAUGGCCUAUCUUACAGCCAGAAGUCCAGCAUUCAGCACAAACAACAAAUCCCUUCUGGAACGAACUCUCGAGAUCAAAUCCUUUCCUAGAUGACAUUGUCUGCAGAAACACCACAGAUUCAGGUGUGUCCAUACUGAAGGAAGACCCUCUAGCUUUGUUUGGGAAUAGUAACGAAGAUUCUGAAAGCACAUCCUCAGACGAAAACAAUUUUGGCCAUCUUCUGGAACCCAGGAGGACCAACUUCAAUCGGUCCGGACGAUGGAGGAGUGCCUCGGACAUUCUUGACGAUCUUGAGAAAAAGGAGUCCAAGAAGGAGAAGAGUCUUAACGCUCAAGCACCUUUCUUGAAACCUGAUUUUGAGUGGCUGAAAAAUGAUCGGGAGGCUUACAAAAUGGCCUGGCUGAGUCACAGGCAGCUAACCAGGUCCUGUUUGGACCUCGACCUGAUGAAGCAAAGUCCUGGCUGGGCCCAAACCCAAGCUACAGACAUGCAAACUAUGUGUAAGAUCGAUCACAAUGGAGGCUCUGUGCAGUUACCGGACUGUGAUAUCAGUGCCCAUGUUCCCCAAGGUCAUAUCCCCCCAGGGGAGAUCCAGGAAAUGGCACUCAAAGCAAGCCUUGAUCCACCACGUGGCAUCAACAAUAACUACACAGCGACCGUGAGCCCUCUUUUGGAAGUCAGUCUCAGCAACCUCAACACUACGGAAGGCAUCACGCUUGAUAUUAAAAUGGCAGCUGAAGUGAAGAAUGACCCCUUGAGCCAAGUGAUGACAACAUUUGUAGGUCUGGUUGCUCAAAGGAAGGAGGGACCUUAUGAAAAGGUCAAAGACUGUUACGUAUAUAAGGAUAUGUUACAAAUGAAGCUCCAGGAGUUGAAGCCUCACAUGUAUGUCAUUGCUGCUGCAGAAGCCACAGUUAUUCAGCUGCCAGCGACCUCAGUAUGGGACUACCUAGAACGACAUAUCACUGUCGCAGUCUACGGCCCCAAGCACAUUCAUCCGUCUUUUAAAGUCGUGCAAGUCAUCUCUUGGCACAACAACGUUCCACCCAGGCUUCCUUUCUCUGACUUCCAAAAGGGAAACAGGAACUUGCCCCCAGUAGUCCUGCAGCUGUGGGGAAAGCACCGAUUCAGUCCUUGUGGCCUAAAAGAUUUGCACAUUACAACAAGCGUAAUUGACUCAAAGUUUGAAGUGAAACAUGCUGAUCAGAACAAAGAGGUCAAAAAGGAGCUGCUCAAGAUGGCCAAAGUGAUCCACCUGCCGUUGGAGCUCUCCAAGACAGACAGUGGAGAGAUGGGUUCUUUCAUACUGGUUGUCCAGGUGAAGGACUCAAAUUCCCUCCCAUUGACAGACUUCCACAUCACUUCUCCGGAGGCCGCUCCCCUGAGAUCAGACAAGCAUGGCCAUAAACAUCUGGAUCGUCACAGGGAAGCGCCCAUUCCAGAAGAAUCCGUCCCGGAGUUCCCAAAGUUUCAAGACGUGGUAGUGAAUGUUCAGUGGUAUGGAGUGACGCUGAAAUCAGUUCUCAGACAACCAAGGGUGGACUAUCUUCUGGAGUACUUCAAAGGUGACACAAUUGCUUUGCUUUCCAGAGAAACCGUUAAAUCGGUCGGCCAGUCCAGAGUAAAGGAGUGGUAUAUUGGCUUUCUCAGGGGAAGUAUUGGCCUGGUGCACUGCAAGAACGUUAAGAUCAUCCCAAGAGAUCAGGUCAUUGACUUCUCUGGGGUUAAAGUCACGACACAAUCCCUGUUGGACAAUAUGACGCUGCCGUUCAAGAAACUCACGUACAUGUACUCUGCCAUUCAGACCUUGGUUACAGACCACCUAACUUGUUGGAGGACUUUUGCUGAAGCUCUAGGUUACUCAAACCUCUCCGUAGACACUUUCUCCAGGAGGCAUGCCGAGACAGUAGCGGAGAAGGUCGCCUGCGUACUUGAGAAGCUUAAGGAAGACUGUCACACAGACAAAACCAAAAGGAAAUUUCAACAUGAACUCAUUGUUGGGCUGUUUAAAAUGGAUGCUCAGGGCCUUAUAGCCCACUUAAUCCAGAACACAGUCAUUCUGUCUACAGCUGUUGAGCUUGGUGUGAGAUGGAGGGAACUGGCUGAAAGAAUUGGGAAACUUACCAAUGCUCAGAUUGCUGGUUAUGAGGCACCACACAGGGGUAAAAAUGGAGAAGUCAGUGCCCAGUCAAUGUGGAAGCCUGCGUAUGACUUCCUGUACUCCUGGAGUAUGCAGUAUGGCGAUGGCUACAGGGACAUGAUCCAGGAUCUACAUCUGGCCCUGGACAAGAUGAAGAGUCCAGUGACCAGGCACUGGAGACAGCUCACCGGAACACUCAUCACAGUAAACUGCAUGGAGGUCCUGAGGGCCUCUGCUUUCCACAAAGCGUAGGCGAUCUGCAGUGGCUGAGGUUCGAACUGAGGUGGGCCUUCGCUGGGUUUCUCUACAUCAGCACUGAUUGGCAUCUGUUGGCGUCGGCUGCGGACUUUGUUUUGUACUUUUUAUUCACCUGCAUGACGAAGUUGCAGCACUGUCUACAGUUGGGAAAGCUUUGGCAGUGAAGGCAGAAGCCAGUCUGCUGGAACUGGAUUUGUACUGGCAGAACACGGAAACCUUAUUACUCCGUUAUGCAAGAGUAAUGCUGUUAAGCAUUAUUAAGCGAUUUGUGAAAAAGAUCCACAGUAACUAUGGCAGCAGCUUUUUAUGGCUGUGUUUGUGGAGCAGUGAGCACAACUUUGCCCUUUCUGUUUGUAUAGAUCACUGAAUAAGUGAAGUUAUUUACAGCUAUAUGUAUUUUAACAUAUUGUAUAAAUGUUAGACAUGGAAUAUAUUGUGGGGAUUUUCAAAGCCAGAAAUUGCCCAGACCAGCAGGUAAAAGAGAAUCACAUUACUAAAUAAUUUUCAUAGGUUUUUAUGUAAAUUCACUACACAGUCCUUGUUACAUCUGCUUUUCAAGUUGUUGUGAAGGCGUAUGUGUGAUAAAUUCUGUUUUUGUCCGCUUCCACUUUCUAUAAAUUCUCUUCCAUUUAAGAUUGAAGGAUAUUCAGGAGGAUGUAUUGAAGGCAAUAAAUGAUCCAGUUCAGCACUAUUAGAUUACCUGACCCCAGAAUUAGGCCUCGAUUCUGCGAUCGCCUGACUAGAUUAGAACCUUUUCUUUGUACCUUUAACCUCCAAGUGUCUGUCUUUCAAUGUUUUGUGCCACACUCAAACUCACUAUAGCAUCAGAACCUGAGCUAUUUUUCCAGUGCGCUUAAAAUAUCUAUUGUUAACUUUGCUAAAAUAUCCUUUUUAUGUGAUGUUGUAACUGUGGAUGUUUUGGACUAGAAUAAUAAACUAAUUUUAACUGUU